AGGGAUACUUCACAGAGGCAGCUGGUCGGGCCAGAAUCCACACAGUCACCGCCCCCUUCAAGCCACAGCAGGUCCUGGCAGUGCCACACACACCAAAAGAAUAUUGAGAGUUUAUCCAUCUGCACCAGCACAGACCUUCUCAGCAUCAGACAGUGACCAGCGUGGUGACACAGAACUGCAGCUAUGAACUACCCACUAACCUUGGACAUGGAUUCCAUCACCUAUAACAUAGAUGACCUGUACAGGGAACUGGCCAUCUACAGUAACAGCACGGAGAUCCCUCUACAAGAGAGUAACUUCUGCUCUACAGAAGAGGGACCCCUACUGACUUCCUUUAAGGCGGUAUUCAUGCCUGUGGCCUACAGCCUCAUCUUCCUCCUGGGUAUGAUGGGAAACAUCCUGGUGCUGGUAAUCCUAGAGAGGCACCGGCACACUCGGAGCUCAACUGAGACCUUCCUGUUCCACCUCGCAGUAGCGGACCUUCUCUUAGUCUUCAUCCUGCCUUUCGCAGUGGCCGAGGGCUCUGUGGGUUGGGUCCUAGGGACCUUCCUCUGCAAAACUGUGAUCGCUCUGCACAAGAUCAAUUUCUACUGCAGCAGCCUGCUGCUGGCCUGCAUAGCUGUAGACCGGUACCUGGCCAUCGUCCAUGCUGUCCACGCCUACCGCCGCCGCCGACUCCUCUCCAUCCACAUCACCUGCACAGCCAUUUGGCUGGCCGGCUUCCUGUUCGCCUUGCCAGAACUCCUCUUUGCCAAAGUUGGCCAACCUCAGAACAAUGACUCCUUACCACAGUGCAGCUUCUCCCAGGAAAACGAAGCUGAAACUAGAGCCUGGUUCACCUCCCGUUUCCUCUACCACAUCGGGGGCUUCCUACUACCGAUGCUCGUGAUGGGCUGGUGUUACAUCGGUGUGGUACACAGGCUGUUGCAGGCCCAGCGGCGCCCACAGCGGCAGAAGGCAGUCAGGGUAGCCAUUUUAGUGACAAGCAUUUUCUUUCUCUGCUGGUCGCCCUACCACAUUGUCAUCUUCCUAGAUACACUGGAGAGGCUGAAGGCUGUGAAUAGCAGCUGCGAACUGAGUGGCUAUCUCUCCGUGGCCAUCACCUUAUGUGAAUUCCUGGGCCUGGCCCACUGCUGUCUCAAUCCCAUGCUCUACACCUUUGCUGGCGUAAAGUUCCGCAGUGACCUGUCUCGGCUUCUGACCAAGCUGGGUUGUGCUGGCCCGGCCUCCCUUUGCCAACUUCUUCCCAGCUGGCGAAAGAGUAGUCUCUCUGAGUCGGAGAACGCUACUUCACUCACCACCUUCUAGAUCCCGGAAGUCUCAGCGCCCACCUCUGUUUCUGUUUUCCUUGGGAGGAUAAAGUGGUGGUGGAAACCCAUCUAACAUGAGCUGAGGCCAGUGUCCCCAGACGGGACAUCUAGACGAACUCUCUCUAGAAUGUUCCUAAAGCUCUUCUGCCAGCCCUUGGGGCUAGACUAGAGCCACAGGAGAAGAAAGCAGCCCAGAGGCAAAGCCAGCCAUAUCACGAUCACCUGUAUCACACGGAGAACUCCACACACCUCCCUCCUAACGAGCUAAAGCUAAGACUCAGCUUUAUUUCUUCCUAGCCAUAGGGAAAAGCACCUCUGCCUGUGGCCCACAGCCUCUUCUUCCUCCUGAUUAUGAGCCCAGACUCUCCUCCCAGAAUGUAUCCCAUCAUCUUAAAGGCUGGCUGCCCCAGCUACCCACCAAUCCUAUGCCACUAAGGAAUAGCCAGCUGGCGGCAGACUAUGGCCUUAAUGUGCCUGUCUCCUAAAUACAGACUUCAUGCCAGACUUUCAACCGUGCCUUUCUCUUAACCAAGCAGAAAGCUGAAAUGGAUCUGCUUUAGGUAGCUGUCUGGCUCCAACCAAACCGGCAUUGGGUCAGCCCCAUGUUACUGGAUCUUGGAUUGCAGACUGAGGGCAAGUUCCAGAAGGUCCUGGAAGCUGGCCAGUAUCCUAAGAAGAGUAAAGAGCAAGCCAGCAGGAAAGAGGCCCAGUGGAAAAAUGGCAAGACACCUUUUCCAGGCUCCAAAGAAGAACAAGUAAAAAUCAAACCCAGCUGUCUUCUCCACCCAUGGACUAAAGCUUUCAGACUGGCAGGGAAAUGCCCUAGUGGAUUCUGGGCACUGAUGGGGAAGGAAGCCAACUUGCCUGGGGAAAAUGACAUAGCAAAGUGGCCCUAGCCUCAGGAGAGGGGGCACCUAGCUAGCUAAGAGAAUGAAGACAGAGGUCCCUGUCUUCAUUAGGUAGAGGCAAUGUGAGAAGCCAACCUGGGCAAGCAAGUCCCCAAGCCACAGGAAGGCAGUAACUUGCCCCUGGGAGGGUACCACUCAGGUGGAACCAGAGGAAGCUGCUCCGUGCCUACUUAGGGGAAGCUAGUGGGCAAUUCUGAGCUCUGCUUCCUCCUAGCUACUGACCUGAGUAGGGGGAGCAGAGUUGCCUGGCACCACUCAAGCCAACCAUACAAGCUUCCUGGGGCAACCAAUGCUAUAGCUUCAGAGACUGUAUCCUCAUUGCAAAACAGUGGAGACACCUGGGGGCCCCCUUUUCCGCUCCCAGCAUCCAACAGCCAGCUGGGAAGACACAGAAAUAAAACAAACCAGACAAACAAAUAAAACAAGCCAGCAAAACAGACAGAAAUAAAAAUGCAAGAGAUGGCAUUUUUGAAUUUUGUCUUUUUAAUAAAAAGGCACCUAUAAAACAGGUCAAUACAGUACAGGCAGCACAGAGACCCCCGGAACAAGCCUAAAAAGUGUUUCAAAAUAAAAACCAGGAAGAUGUCUU